AUGUCUGAACUUGUGGCAGUACGUCGCGUUGUGGCCGCGCUGACCCUGGUUCGAUUCCAGAAGAGUCAUUAUACUGCGAUUAAUGCUCAGGAAGACGUUACUGCGCAUAAAGAGAAAGAAUGUUUAAUAGAGAUUAAGGAAGCUUGUGCAGUCAAGUGGGUCAUUUGCAACACCAAUAAGCAACCCACCAACAUUACUGCUGAAGAAGCCAAAGCAACUGGUAUUAAGUUGUGUUUUUCUCAGGAGUAUUCCUGUCAUCAUUGGGGAACCUAUGAAUCUAAGGCAGCUUUGCGUGUGGUUCAAAAGCAAACAAAGAAAAACAAGUAUCCUGCUCUUCUUCUUGUGAAAGGAUUCUUUAAGACACCUGAGUUUUAUGAAUUUGUUGUUACAAAAGAUCAUGCAGAGCAUACUCCUGGUGAUAUGCGUAGUGACAUUUGCACCCUUCCUCUUGCAAAUAAAUAUCUUCACGAGUUGACUCAGCAAUUAGAACAGUCAUCAAAAUCUGCUAGUCAAAUUAGAAUUGAUAUGUUGAGAGCUGUAAAUCGAUAUGGUAGAAAGUCUGAAAGAAAAGUUAACUAUUAUGAUAUCUGGAAUUUGAUAAACAAAACAAACACUUCAUAUUCUCCAGAUCCAUCAGCCUUUGCGUAUGGUUUUAUGUCACCCGUUCAGCAAGAAAAAAUGAAAACCGCAACUUCUUUCUGUUUGAAUACUACUCAUGCAAUCUCUAGCAAUGUGAAUGAGAUUCUUUAUACCUUUUUGGUACGUGAUAAAGAUAUUGGUAGAGGAUGGCCUGUUGCCUUUAUGGUAACCAAUGAUCAAGGUGUAAGCCCCAUUGUGCAGUGGCGGCAGUUCUUGAAGAGAUCUUCUUUGCUUGUUGACCCAAAGCAAUUUACUAUUGAUUGUUGUGCAGCAGAAGUUCAUGUCAUUCAGACAACUUUCCCUGCAACAUCCAUUCAAUUUUGCAUCUUUCAUGUAACCCAAGCAUGGAACCAAAAGUUAUCUGACAGUGUGAAGAUUCCUGGAUCCUUACUAUCAGAGACACAAAUUUUACGUGGUGUAAUGAUGAAGUCUUGGCAAGAGAUCAUUUAUGAAGAAGAUAUAGACGAGUUUCAUCAUAAAAUUGUACAGUUUAAAGAAGACUUUAAUGACCAAGAAAGCUUCUUGGAUUACUUUGAGAGAAACUGGUGCACAGAAGCAAAGUUUAAGAUCUGGAGUAGAGCAUACCAUGAAUGA